AUGGACGGUGGCUUGCUUGGUCCAGAGGGUGGUAUUCUCCUCCAUGGUGGUGUGGGCGGUGACCUUCUAUGCACAGAGGGUGGUGACUUUCUAUGCCCAGAAGGCGGUGACUUGCUGGGCCCACAGGGUGGUAUCCUCCAUUGUGGUGGCAUCGCCACCAAGGGUGACGGAUGGCUAGGCCCACCCGGAGGGUGGUACUCUUCCUCGUGGUAG